AUGGAAAAGUGGUCAGAGAAGGAGGCAGAGAGUGAGAACAAGAAGACGAUCGUAAACCGACUCCGAUGUCAAAACCAACGGCAGCAUCCACUGCUGAGCAAACCUCGCAAAAGUUUUGAAAGUUUCAACACGCAAAAGAUCAGCCAGUACCUCAAUGAGAACAUCUUCAACAACGAAAGCAACAACCGUAAAAACACCAACAUCAGCUGCAACAUUCAGAGCAACAACAACUUCAACACCUUCAGCAACAAAACGUUUUCGUGCGUGGACUUCAAACGCUCGUACACCUUUGACACUCCAUCAUUUUUGCAUCGCCAACUAAAGGACCAAUCCUUCUUCUAUAACAGUGAUGACUCGAACGGCAGCUGGGUCACCUCAACUUCGUGCUCCGAUGAGAACAUCAGCGGCAUUGUGCACGAUCCAAGUCACGACUGCAGAAACAAAUAUGUCGAUACUAUGGCUAGCGGGAGCAAAUCCAAAUCGGAUGAGUUGAUGUCGGCUUGCGAUAAUGUCAUGUCAUUGUCGGUGACAUCAUCAUACAGCCAACAACAACUACCUGACUACAGCAACGUCACAUUUUCGUGCAAUAAUACAACAACCUCGAUCAACAACAACAACAACGUCAGCAUCGUCUCGCCUCAGAAACCCGAGCACAUUCCAACCAAGCACAGCAAAACCGAUAGCCUUACGUUCGAUGCAAAACUAAAAAAAUUUCUCCGGGAUAAUGCACCACCGUGCCUUGAAAAUCUGAUUGGUCGAAAGAUGGGUCUCACCUACUAUGACAUUAUCGAGGGCUUGUUCGUGAAAGGGGCUCAUGUACUCCUCGGAAAAAUUAUGUCACAUCUCUCAGACGAGGAUCUUGUCAGAUUUACACAAGUAAGCAGGCUCUGGAAGAACGUUCUGGAAUGCGACCUGAAAUGUCGAACGCGGCGACGACACUUUGUCGCCGUAUUGAAAAAGAAGCUUCUGAAGGCAGGCAAGGAGAACCUGAUCCAGCACGACCCGACCAGGGCUCUGAUGAGAAUUCAGCAGCAGCAGCAAAACCAGGCACUGACCGACCAGCCGAAGAGGAAAGCCAUGAGCGACAGACAUGAAGCUUUUGUUGCUGUAAGUGGUUUUACAAGUGCAUCAGCACUCAAUCUUCCUUGA